AUGGCUCAAGGCCAGCUUGCAUCCGUACCGCCAAUGGCAAAUGGGGCAUCGCUGGGUAUCUCCAAGGAUGAUCUUCAUCAUCUUCAGCAGUACGAGAAAAUCGUGCAGUUUCGCGAUGCAAUCCUUACUGGGUCGCAUCCCAAGAUCAAGGUGCCAAACCCGCCGGCACCAAACGCAUCUGCCACUGCAGUAACAGCACCUUCAAAUCCUUCUACGCCAGCAAAAGAAGCAACUGGAAACGCAGCGCCGGGAUACCAAGCCGGAAUUGUGCAGACGUUCGCGUCCAACACGCAACAACACGCGUCUCUUCCUGGCCUGGGAAACCCACCUCCUGCUAAUGCGAACUUGCCAGCAAGACCUUUCGUGGGUGUUGGCAACACAGAGAUCAAUCCCAUCUUCCUUCAGAAAUCUGAUGACUUGAUCAAGGCCGAGAUCCAGCUUCAGAGGCAACGUCUUGAGCGGGCGCUGCGCGACGAAGUUGAUCAACGUCGGGCUUCCAUGAAGGCCUGGGCGCAGUCGGAGCCUCUCGCCGACUUCGACCUCUCCGAUGUCUUGUCCAAGGCUCUGACUCUGGUCCAGGCUGCUGCUUCUUCGUCUACCACUGCCAAACUGGCUACUGCUGCUGCUGCUGCUAACACUUCAGCUGCAAGUGACUCUUUUGAUGAGAACUCUUACUACUCUUCCCAACACAACUCGCCCGAUUCCUCGCUCCGCAGUCCUCGCGCUGGUAACGACUCCGAUGCUGCAGCCCAGACAUACAUGUCGUCUGCCGCCAAUCAGCCACUCGAGGGCCAGGCGCAAGUCCAAGCAAACCGUACAGCUCAAGCGGGCCAGCCUCCUUCGCUUCCCCAUGCGUCUGCUACUCAUCCGCAACAGGGCCAAGCUUCGAACUCUACCCCAUCCCAUACACGAUCGGCCCCUUUCAGAAUCGACGCCGCGCUUGAAUACUCUAGAAACCCGUCGGUAGGGACGACGCAGAGAACUGAAGGAGGUGACAACACCAGAGUGUCUACAUCAGGAGGUGGGAGCGGAAAUGCCAGUCGAUCUGAGGAGUCAGGUGGUAUGGACCUUGACGGCAGUGCUGAUAGAUCUGUUCCCGCAGCAGGUCAACAGCAACUUAGGGAGUCUAUGCUUGCCCGCCAACCUUCGCCUCUGAUCCAAGUUCGCGCCCCGAACAUAUCCCUCUUGGCGCCCCAGCCUUCCCAUGUCUCGCCUCUGGCAAUGGCCGGGGGCUCUGCAGUCGAUGCCCAGGGUCUGAGCAUCCCCCAAGGAACCACCGCUCAAGUGGCAGCAUUGCGGAAUGAACCCAAUACCGUUUCCAGUCCAGAUAGUUCGCCGCAAGGUGGACGAAAUGGGGAGAAACGGAAGAGCAGGAAAAAGAAGAACAACAACAAUAACGCGAACAACAAGAGGUCAGCCAGGCAAGCGCCAGAAGAGUCUUACAUCAAGCCGGAGCCGCGCUCGCCUUCCCCUAUAAGCGCACCGUCUUUCAUUCGACCGCAGAAGCGACAGAGAAGACAAGCAGACGAGGAGCCUCGCUACGCCCAGCCUGAACGUCAAUCUUCUCGUCCUUAUCGAGAGGAUGGCGCUGUGCUGGCGUAUGAGCCUCAGGAGUAUCGCCCACGACCGGUGAGCCAAGCCGUGACGACUGGCGACUAUGGGUACGGAAGGGAAUACGUGGAGGAACCGCGCGUCGCAAGUGGCGCUGAAUAUGUCCGACGAGUACAGUCGCCAGGUGUUUACGCCAUUCGCACUACUCCGAGUGAGAUAUACGCAACUUCCCCAGCAGCCAGUGUCGAUCGAUACGGUAGGGAGCCUACGCGGUAUUAUCGCGAUGGCUACGAAGUGACGCGCAUGAGUGCUCGUCCUAUGGCAGAUCGCGCGAGAUCCCGCUCGCCCGUUAUGAGGGAAAGAGAAAGAGCAUCCCCUUUGAUGGGACCGCCGAAAGCGCCGCCUGCAAGAGUCGUAGUUGAUCCUACCACCGGUCGGCGAUACUACGAGCCGGCAAGCGUUAUUCGACAGUCGGUCGCGCCGCCACCGCUCCGGCCUGGCGAACCUGAGAUCAUCUAUGAGAGAGCACUGAUGCGAUCCGAGUCCAGGCGACCCGGGCCCGACCCUCGGGACGAUGACGUGCUCUAUCAGCGAACUUCUCCUAUCUACGCGGCGCCGCGCAGAGUCGUCACUCAGCCCGAGUACACUGUGCCGGACCCUCAGCGCGUAUACAGACAACGGGAGUACUCAACUAGGCCAAUGGCACCUUCGGGUGAAGAAUAUCUCCCUGCGAUAGGUACAUUGGAGCAGCGAAGAAUGAUCGACGACCCCCCACGGGAGUACAUGAUGCGGGCGACCACAGCUCGACCGACAGAAACAGUGCGGUACGAGCCCCCGCGGGAAUACGGAAGAGUGCAGAGUGUGAGACCGGAACAGAUGCCUAUCCAGGACUACGCAUCGGUUCCGAUGCACUCCGAAGUUCGUCGAGAGGUCAUCCAGCCGGGUCCUCGGUCUUACAGCGUGAGGCCAGCAGAGCCUCAGGUGUUACGCCAGGAGUACAGCGUGCGGCCGGUAGAGCAGCAUUAUUAUGGACAGCCGGUUCCGGCUCGCCCUGAGCCGGAGGUGUCCUACAUUGAACGGCCAAGAGUGGCCGCGCAGGAGAUGUACUAUGCUGAAGAGGCCCCACGCCCGGUGUAUCGUUGA